AUGGCCGCAUUCGUGCGAGUGUCCGGACCACCGAAUGGUAAUUUUCUCAUCGGUUACCCUGGGAUAUCGGCGACAUUGCCGCGCGUGGAAGGUAGAGUCGAGAUUCGUCCCAGUGUUGGCAUUACAGCGCCUGUAAACAUUUCACUUGUCACCAUAUGUCUUCAACGCAAAGAAACAAUCCAUCCCUCCGCCGACUCGGUCACAAAGAAACACCUUGCGCCGCCCCGAAAAGAAGUUAUAGACUUGGUUGGGAAGGAGAUGCUAUUAUUUCGAUGUCCCGCAGGCCGAGAAUACGAAGAAGUCAUGUCAAUGGACCUUCCUUUCGUCCUAUUUAUUCCUUAUGGACGAGGAGGCCAGGAGGUAUCCCGGCGAAUCCCUGCAGCCAGCCUACAGUUACCGAGUCGGACGGCAGAAACAUACUAUGAGAUCGUUGUGACGGUGCAACAGGGCCCUUCAGACCAACGAAAAUACGCUUUCCCGGUUCCCAUCUGUCGAUAUGAUACCCUAUCUACGUUCGGAAUGUACAAUAGACCAGAGACCGCAGAGAAAGUGACGGAUCAUUUAGUGACCCUGGGCAUAUCACUUCCCCGGGGUUCGUACGGACCACUGGACCCCGUCAGCGUAUACAUUAGACUGUCGCCGAAUCCAGAAUGGUUGGUGAAAGCCAGAAAAGUUACAAUCAAUAAAAUCACGAUCGGAAUCGAUGAAGAGAUAAUAUAUAAUCACGAAGGAGAUGAACCCCAGCGAAAGGUCAAGACGAUCAUAAAACGAACCGAGAGUGUCGGUAUUAAACUCUCGGACAUGGGUUGGGCAGCGAACUUGGGAUUGGUGUUUCCAGCAAAAGAUACUCGUGACGCAGAUGGAAUCCUACCUCGUGGGAAGGCUGCAUUUCCCUCUUAUGCGGUGAAUGGAUUUACCACCACUGCCAGUCUUUACAAGAUUGAGUACUAUCUCACUGUAAAGGCGCAUUUGAUAUCUGCAAGAGAUAUCUUGAUUCGGCAGCCUAUCGUUGUCUGUCCAAUUGAUCAUGCGGGGUGCAAAGAAGAGAUGGAAGCAAUAGAACAAUCUGCCCGUGACGCUGCCAUGAUUAAUCCCGAGAAUCCAGCUUUACCGCAUCCGACAAUUGUUCGAUACCACGAUUAUAAUGCACUAUCCGUUCUCGGGGUAGCUGUUGUUGGGAACCAGAAGAGGCCAUUGAUUGAUUGAGGACUAGAUUAUUUUACAACUAUACUCGACCUCUAUACAUGGAACAUGAACCCCAAACGCAGCACUCGCUCCGAUUGACCAUAUCUAGAAGGGCAUACUCUUUUCUUCCUCUUUUGCACCUGCUAAAUCUGUACAGCAUAGAUUGUGAUCAGGGAGGGAAAGGAGACCAGGUCCGACAUGAUUGUUGUACUCAAACUCGCUUAGAGAGAUAUAUACGAACCAUCGGCUCUGGACAUAACGACUUACUUGACUGAUGGUGAUAGAACGCCAUCAUAUUUUUCCUUUUUCAACUGAGGGUUCAGCGGUGGUACAUAUGCAUGGGCAGGAGUUGAGGUAUUGUGGUUUCUCAGUGGCGUUCAUAUGAUGUUCCAGACCCUUUCAUACAUACCGGAUUAGCUGUUCGGUUGGAUGAUCAUGCAGUUACUGUACGAGAAAACGAGGCAUCCAACACAUCCGAGCAUUGACGCCAUCUGUCGUAUUGCCAUAGCUAGUUGAUAGUAUUUAGGUAUAUAACAUUGAAUCGAAACAUGUUGAC